AUGUUAAUUGAUAAAAUGAAAUAUGCUUAAUUCCUUUUUCUCUAUUUUUUAAAGCUUCUGAAAAAAGACAAACUCGAUUAGAAUAAACUUAGAAAUCAUAUAUGUUAUUUGUUCAAUGAAUAUAAUGAGUAAAGCUAUUUUGGGAAUAUAUCAAAUUGUCAAAGAAGGCUUUCAUUAUAAUUAUGGCUAGCAAUUUUGAAUCUAACAUUUUAUUGA